AUGUUCUCAAACGGGCUUCCGUGCAAUUUAGCAUUCCCCAGCUGUCUCGGUGUGCCAAAGGAUAGCGGAAGCGACGAGUUGCUGCCGACGAGCAUGGGUAGCCGCGAGCCUGUCAUUCUCAACGUGUACGAUAUGUACUGGAUCAACGAGUAUACCACCUCGAUCGGUUUAGGCGUCUUCCAUUCCGGCGUGGAGGUGUUUGGUACGGAAUUCGCCUACGGUGGCCAUCCGUUCCCGUUCACCGGUGUGUUCGAAAUUUCACCCCGCGACCAUGACGAGCUUGGUGACCAGUUCAGGUUUCGGCAAAGCAUUCAGAUCGGUUGCACAGAUUUUACCGAGGAAGAGGUCCGACGAAUCGUGGAAGAGUUGGGUAACCAAUUCCGGGGGGAUCGCUACCAUCUGAUGAACAAUAACUGCAACCACUUUUCGGGUGCAUUGACGCAGAUCCUUUGUGGACAGGAAAUCCCCAGCUGGGUGAACCGAUUAGCUCACUUCAGUUCAUGUGUACCUUUCCUUCAACGCUGCUUACCAAAAGAAUGGUUAACGCCAAAUGCCUUACAACAAUCGAUAACCGCCAUACAGGAUCGUGACUCUGAUUCGAGUCCAUUUUGAAAUUAGCUUUUUCCGGCGCCUAACGACGAUACCUCCUCCGCUACUGGAAUGUCUCCUUUAUGCACCACCGGUCGGACGGUUUCUAACGGCCCGACAUCACCCCUCACCAGUACAUAACCUACCUUCAUCAGUACUUCUACACGCUUAGCAGCUACUAGCCAUGUAGUUCCUUCCACAAGGUUCUUUAUUCUGUUCUUCAGUGCCACUGUCGUUACCAUUCUUGUAAAAUUUGCAACAAAUUGGAUGGGAAUUGUACCGCUGUCGAACCGAUUGGCAGUUCGUCGAAGAUCUACUUAUUUUCUGUUUUCGCAACUGUAUAAAGCAAACGAUUCUGACACGCCAAUCAUUCACGGAUUGACAAUCGCUGGCGAUCGAUCUGUGCGAAAACGAAGGGAGAACGACUUUUGCUGUUACUUUAUAUGAAUCCUUUCUCCCACUUCACGCUCUCCUCCCUGAGUGAUUAGGGUGACGGCCUAUUUCCGGAACCGGCAGGCAGGCGUUCGUGGUUGUCGGAUUUUUCGGACAAAAUCAUUUUUUUUGUAUGUCGGUAGGGAUAACGGCCAAGUGCACUGUUGAAAUACGAACGCAACGGCGAGAGAAACGUGGUGGAUUGCUUUAAAAGGCUUUUUUCUUACAUUCGGCAUAGAUUUCAUAAGUAACGAGGAGUGAGAAAUAAUCUUGCUUAUGUGUGAGGUUUAUUUUUUUUCAAUAAUUCACGCACUCCAAGAAAAAAAAACAUACGAACAAACAAUGCUGGAAGCCGAUUGCAAAUUAGCGCCGCAUUAUUUUACUGUCUUUGAUGAUACGCUUUUAUUAUAACAUUAUUUUAAUUAUCGUCUAUGCUAAGUUCUGCACGUUUAUGUCUGCACGGCUAGGCACGUUUUUCCGACAAAGGCCCUCACCUGCGAUGGCAUCGUUUAGUUUUAAACCGAACAACACGCAAACUUUCGGAGCGUGACAAAAAAAACAUCAUAGCGAACAUAUACCGUCUUCAAUGUAAAAAAAUAGUAAACGAAACCAUAGACUGUCGAACGAGUUUCCGCAGCCGUGAAAAGCGGCCCAGCAUCACUCAAGCACUCGGAUAUAAGAAGAUAUUACAACCGAUUCUCAAUUUUUCCUCAUAAUUGAUUCAGAACUGAAGGUAGAGCGUUACACCGAAGCGAGCUAGCGGAAAGAGAGAGGGUUUGUUAGAAAAAAAAACGUGUAAUAAAACAAUGUACAUUAGUUCAACUCAGUGAGCGGUCGAAUGAGUGAAGCUUUACUUAGAACAACCUUAAAUGAUCUAAUUCGUUAACUCAAAAAGAAUUAUAUAACAAAAGAAGAUCGAUUACACAGCGAUGCGAUGAAAGCGAAAAGCUAGCUGGGAGUAGAACCGCGGUAGAAUCGGAAAUUACAGCAGAGACGGAGUAUGAAAACACGGUACACGAACACGCGAAACAUCAAGUCAUGGAAUUAGAAACCGGUCGAGUAACAACUCGUAGAACAUCCGGCGGAAAUAUUUAAACCGUAAGCGUACGAACUUUAUAGAGUGAAUUGUAGUAUAUUAUCGAUGGCGGGAAGGCGCGAAAUUAUGUGUGUGUGUUACAUAGCAUCAGCUAGUGAUGGACAAGAGGAUCUACAGAUAAUAAUCGUUAACUGAGGUUUGAUUCAUUGAUUAAUCGAUUACAAGGCACGUUGCGGGUUGGCAGAAUAGAGAGUUUAUGGAAGGAGCGCUGGGAAACGCGCCAACUGUGCGUCACUACUUCAUUACAUCGGUUUUAGGAAGCUUAUCCUAGCUAAACCAGCACGUAACCAGUGCACACUAACAGGCAGGAGGUUGCGAAAACUGUACUGUUUAUUUUUGCCAUAGGAUUUAAGGAGCAAGGAAUCGAAAAACAAUAUUACAAUACCAUGCGUGAACGGGGCAUGAUCCAUCCUACCAGGUGUCAAUCUCGAUCCCGAGGCAAUGACUGGCUGGAAAGUAUUAUAAACCGACUACUAACGGUCGAAACCGGUAUUUCUCUAUGGCAGCGCGUGAUGGAUCCACCCUUUUUCUACCGAAUUUAUAUUCUCGUCAACUUUCCAACUUCCUUUCUCCAAACACUACACCAAAAGUUAGGACACUAUUUACGGGAUUUUUUGUUCCGAACGGUUCACCCGCGAGAGGAAAGCCGCCAGCCGUAUCUAAGAUAUUUAAACACACAAUCAUGUACGCCCGAGAUGCGAAAGUAGUUUGUAGGACGGUGUGGAACAGCGGCAGUUCUGAAUAGAGUGUAGGAAUGUCCUUGGUCCCGGUACUGAAGUUUAGUUAAUCUUUUCCUGUUAUCCCGUUUCGUCCAAACCACUCAGUCAAACCCUGGGCGAAACACUUCCCUUUUCAGUAUGUGGAGUUCCCUUUCCCUCCUCCGGACACUACUAUUGCACUACUAUUACCGCAACCAUAAAUACUAACGUGACUAAAACACUAGCUCUCUCUCUCAAUACGGUUCUAGAAGAUAAAAUCGAUUCGUGGUAAAGUACACUUGCAAAUAGAGAAGCAAACGCGAGGGAAACCACUCAAAACGAACUAAAGUAAA